AUGGAUGAUAAUAAAGAAAGGAUUGAUCAAACAAAAAAUCUAUCAAAAAUACCAUUACGAGACAAUGAUAAUAUAGAGGAAGUGCCAAGAAAAGAGCCCUUUUGGGUGUUCGGAUACGGAUCUUUGUGUUGGAAUCCAGGAUUUGAUUACGAGCAGUCUGUUACUGGAUAUGUAAAAGGAUUUUCUAGAAGAUUUUGGCAAGGUAAUACAACUCACCGUGGAACUGAAUCUAAGCCUGGGCGAGUCGCGACCCUCAUAGAAGAUAAAGAGGGCAUCACUUGGGGCAAGGCGUUCUUAGUAGCAGCAGAAAAUCACGCAGCUCUUCCGUAUCUAUCUACAAGGGAAUGCCAACUCGGCGGAUACAAAAUUUACACCGUAAACUUUCAUCCACGUCCAUCUUUAUUUGUAUCUUCCCACAGUAGUAGUUCACAUUUCACUGAUAAAAAAGACGCGCUCCUGUAUAUAGCUGUGCCAGAAAACCGCCAUUGGCUUGGCGCGGCACCACUGCCGGAUAUAGCAAAACAAAUCCUAGAAUGCCACGGUUCAUCUGGAUCCAACGUUGAAUAUCUUUUAAAACUAGCUGACUUCAUGAGGGAUGAGGUCCCAGACGCAUUAGACGAGCAUCUCUUUUCUUUAGAGAGACUAGUUAGGAAAUUCGCUGGGGAAAUGAAGAUUUGUCUCAGGACAUUAAUGGGUGAAACGACGGAGAAGAAAGAAGAGCCCAAGCAGGAAGCAAGAGCGGUUGUUCCAAGUUUCCAGUUCGCGUCGAGAAUUCCGGACAAAAAGUUGCGUUGUGUCAACAUGUGA